CUUAACGCCAAUUUUCCAUCUCAGUGAAACAAGUUCAUCGGACGCAUAUGGCCACUCCUCUCCUUAAAAAAUUGUCGCUGUUUAUCGACCCGCUUACCCUCUUGACCCGAUUCGUUCCAGAAGCUUCUUCACCCUUCAGCUGAGAAUAAAAGUGUGUAAACCAUGGGAGACGCAAUUGAUUUGUCUGGGGAUGGAGGAGUCAUCAAGACCAUUGUGAGGAAGAGCAAGUCAGAUGCCGUGGCUCCCACAGAAGAUUUUCCUGUUGUUGAUGUACACUAUGAAGGCACACUCGCUGAUACUGGUGAAGUCUUCGACACUACACAUGAAGACAACACUAUAUUCUCCUUUGAACUUGGAAAGGGUAGUGUUAUCAAGGCUUGGGACAUUGCAGUCAAAACCAUGAAGGUUGGAGAAAUUGCAAAAAUAACAUGCAAGCCAGACUAUGCAUAUGGUAGUGCAGGAUCUCCGCCAGAUAUACCCCCAGAUGCAACACUUGUUUUUGAAGUUGAGCUAGUUGCCUGUCGGCCAAGGAAAGGCUCGACUACUGGAAGUGUUUCUGAGGAGAGGGCUAGGCUGGAGGAGCUGAAGAAGCAGAGAGAGCUUGCUGCUGCGGCUAAAGAGGAAGAGAAGAAGAAGAGAGAAGAGCAAAAAGCGGCAGCUGCAGCUCGUGUGCAAGCCAAGCUUGAUGCCAAGAAAGGUCAAGGAAAGGGUAAAGGGAAAGCAAAGUAGGGACUUCAAACAUUUUCAUAAAGCUAAUAUAUGAAGAUAAUCAAAUAGUUGUGUCCAAAAUUCUGAAUCCAUUCUAAAUAAUUGUUGGCAUGAAGUGCUAGAAUGCCAUAAUAUGAAUAUAAGAUGUUGGAUAGCUAGCUUGCUUUGGUAUGAGUAAACAAUAGCAUGUUUUUUCAUUUCAGCUAUAUUUUAAUUUGAGUUCUUUAUGUGUCCAA